UCUUAUUCGCAACCGUUUCAAACAUGAGCAGCUUUGGUGUCAGGUGGUAGGCAAGCCUUUCGGCAGCAUUUUCUAGAAUCUUCCCCUCUCUCUCUUCGCUCUCGACGGGACUGGUUCGCGUCGUUUCUUUUUUCGUCGUGCAACAAAACCCGAGCAAGUUGCAGCAACGGCGAGAACAGAGUGUAGAAGAGAAAGCGAGCUGACGCAACCAACGUUACAUACUGUCACACAACGUAACGAGGAACUCUCAGGGCGAAAAGAUGCCGGCGAUACUGGUUGGGCCGCCUCAGCGUAACGAACAAAUGUGGCAGGCGUUGAAGACGCACAUCACGAGAGAACGACAACGAAAGAAACAAGAACAAGAGGCAGACGCGGAGGAGGAGCGCUUACGCAAGGAAAGAGAACGUCAGCAGAAGCAGGAUGUGAUGACCUUAGGCGAGACUCGGGAACAAAUCUCAAACUUGGAGAACGAACUUAUCGAAUUGAAGGACGAGAAGCAUCAGCUGUUCCUGCAGUUGAAAAAAGUCCUUCUGAACGAGGACGAAUAUAGGAGGCGACAACUCGUGAAAGAGACCAGUGUCUGCUCGGAAGUUUUGACGACGGUGGGAGGAUAUCAGACAGCGGGCCCACGAGUAGUGCAUUCCCCGCUGUUUUUGCCGUUGCCACGCAGCAGCAGUCCUCUCUACAAGGUGGCGGUCAGCGCACCGACGCAUCUCCUACCAGGUGGAUCGUUGAAAAGACCGCACAGUCCAUCGCCACCACCUGCCGCCUCUCCUUAUCACAGCGCGUACGGCUACAAACCACCACCGUCUAUUCCGAAUUACAAUCCUCCGCCUCCUAAACCCGAAGACGCUGCUAGGAGAUCCGGCGAUUCUCGAGCUGUCCUCUGGAACAAAAGCAAUCAGUACUCCGCAUCGAACUUUUAUUCGACGCCCACAGGCCAAAGUGUUUACAGCUAUUCGGCACCAGCGACGCAGCCGUCCCGAGAACCCUCGGAACCAGCUAAGCCUGUUUACCUUUCAGGGGCUAGAGCGCCAAUGGCCACACAUCAAACCGCAUAUGUAACGAAUCUGCACCCGAUGGAGCACAAGGGAGCCUACGGCGAGGACAAAUUUUACCUACGACCAACCAAUCACGUCACCGUUCACGGUGGUGCUAUUCCGAUCCAGCAACCGCCUCAGGGCGCAAAAACCGGUGGGAUUACCUCGGGUUACCCCGUGCGAGCGCCUCAACCGCCGCCCGGUCCUUACCCGCCACUACCGCCGCCACCUCCUGGGACUUACGUCAGUGGUUCGGGUGCCAAUGUGCCUGGCAGACUACUGUACACGCAACCGGGAACUCGAUAUCUUCAACGGGAGGUAUAAGACCGCGUUCUUAAUUGACUUCAGGAAUUGGACUUGAGCUUUAAAAAUUUCACCAAACAAUACACAGCACGUUCCACCACCAUCGGUUUAUUUGAGAGAGACCUUUCUAUAACCCGUCCGGUAUUUUUUUCAAACGAUAAUGUAGAACAAACCCGGUUUGUCUGUGUGGACGUAGAGAAAAAGAAUCAUCGCUGUCACACAUGUGUGACCCUGCGCCCUUAUUUCGUAACUUCUAACGUACGUUACGGACGUAACGCGUGCGUUACAAUUCUUUGCGCGAACAAGACGUAUCGCGGAAACAAGCUGCGCAACGAUAACGUUAACGGUAACGAAAUUCGUUACGAGUUACAGAAUAAAGGGGGCUGGUAGCGAACGUGGUAAUUUUGUCGUGUACUCGGUAAAUGCAUGAACACAAAUUUCUUAAUAUAUUUUAUGUACGAAUAUUUAUUUCUAUGUAGAAAAAAAUAUUUGCUCCACGAGGUGAGGGAAUAAAGUUUAAAACAAUAA